AUGGCUGGACAUCAAACUUUGAAGGAGCUUGCAGCUCUGAAUUUGAACCAACGACGUCUCUGCAUCAUUUUUCCUACUAUAGAUGUUGCCACUACUUUUGAAUUGAACUCUGGACUAAUACAUCUUUUGCCCACCUUUCAUGGUCUUACAGGUGAAGAUCCUCACAAGCAUUUAAAGGAAUUAUAUGUUUAUCAUAACAUGGGAGGAGAUGAAGUGGUUGUUUUUAGAGAAAUAUUUUCCAGCUUCAAGGGUAGCAAACAUCUGAAAGGUCUUCUACCCACAGAUAGGACUAUGAUUGAUGCUGCAAGUAGAGGAGCUUUGGUGGAUAAAACUCUCAAGGGUGCAAGGAUCUUGAUUGCAAACAUGGUAGGCAACUCUCAACAAUUUGGCACUAGGCUUAACAGUCCAUCUAAACCUAUCAAUGAGAAAGAUGUCACUGCAAACACGGAUGUUCCCAAUGACAAUUACAUAUUUAAGCCUAAGUUUUCACCUCUUUCUGAUUAUAAACUGGUACCCUCUUUCCUUCAGGCUUUACCAGAAUCUUGGAAAGAUGAACCAAACAACGAACUUUAUGAAACUUUCCAUAAAUGUGAGAAACUCAAAGGGUGUGAGAAAGUGAAAGUUGGGAAGAAUGUCUCUGCAGUCAUUCAAAGGAAAUUCCCUACAAAAUGUAAAGAUCCAAGUAUGUUUACUAUCCCUUGCACGAUAUGUAACACUAGGUUUGAAAAGGCCAUGUUAGACUCAGAAGCUUUUAUUAAUGUCAUACCAUACUCUAUAUACGCUUCUUUGAAACUUGGACCUUUGAAUGAAACCGGUGUCAUAAUUCAACUAGCUGAUAAAUCUAAUGCCUAUCCUAAGGGUGUAGUUGAGAAUAUUCUCGUGAAAGUUAAUGAUUUGGUUUUUCCCGCUGAUUUCUAUAUACUUGAUAUGAGAUAUAAUGACCAAACUGCCCUUAUUUUGCUAGGAAGACCAUUGUUAAGGACAUCCAAAGUUAAAAUAGAUUUUUAUAGUGGCAUGCUUACCAUGGAAUUUGGUGAUAAAAUUAGUGAAUUUAAUAUUUAUGAAGCCAUGAAACACCUUAGUGAUGAUAAUCUUGUUUACUCUAUUAAAUUUGUUGAAUUCCCGCAUAUAAAUUUGUGUGACAUGAUGUCGAAAAGAGAAGGUUCCAACUCAAACCGAAAUGGUAAUGACAACAAUGUUUCGGAGGACAUGAUACAGAGGUUUGAACGCAUACUUGGUGAUGUUAGGGAGAAGGUGGAUAGGCAAGGAGAGUGGAUGGUGCAAUAG